AGAGCACAAAAAGUGCAACAAAAUGGGUAAGGACAGUGAUCGCACUCUACUCAACACGAUUCGACUAUAACCCUGUUCACGCUGAAUACUCGGUGGUGUACGGAUACCGGACUGCAAAUUGACGCUAUCCCUACCCCCAGAUACAUGCACGCUGCUCUACACCAUCUAAACCAGCCACAAUGCUUUCACAGCAAUUGCAUUCACGGAUCCACCAAUCACGACGCCAGGUUCAUGCCCCUUGCAGCACUGUGGCCACAUGCCCGGUCGUCGUAAGACAGCCUAGGCAUCAUACAUGUGUAUCGCAAACAUGCGUCACGUCACAUGGGCCGCUGCGCCAUGAACUUACGGUUGCCAGAGCGAGUCGCCGAGGGCGGCCACCCGCCCCAGAUGAGGAACCGGCACCUGAUGCACCCGACGACGACAUGUACAUUAACGAGGACCAAUUCGAAUAUGACGAAGGCGAAGACGGAGAGUUUGAGGCGCAACUGGACCCAAUGUCCAGGAAGCUUAUGGGUAUGGAUGACGAGGACGGAAACGAAGACGAUGAAUUUGAAGAAGAUGAGCAAUUAGAAGACGAGAGCUUGCUUGAAGAGGCUGCGGAAGCAGAUCGGGAUGGAGCGGCAGCGGACGAUGUCGGGGAACCGUCAACCUCGUACCCGGAGCCACCUGUCCGGGUGUUCCGGGCAGCGGACCUGUUCGGCGAAGCAGCCAUCAUGGAUGCAGCGCUGUGGCUAGCCGCUCACUUCCCGGACUGCAUCAUCUCCGGCGUACAAAGCAAUCCGCACUUGGUGGUCCCCGGCGACCUGUUCGUGUUGCACCCCUGGCUAGCGGGCGAGGAGGGGGAGCUGGAGGCGGUGCGCAUCGCGGUGUCCAAGGGCGCCAGUGCGGUGGUGGGCCCCUCGCUGGCGCCGGAGGAGGGGCCGGGGCUGGCCGGUGACGCGGUGCCGGACCCGGUCAGCGAGCUGGGGCUGCUGCCGGAGGAGGUGCCGAUGGUGCGGGUGGAGGACGCGGUGGCGGCGGGGGCGCGGCUGGCGACUGCGUUCUAUGACGCCCCCUCCCGCAACCUGGUCACCAUCGGCGUGAUGGGCUAUCUGGGCAAGAGCACCACCGCUUGGCUCAUCCGGGGCAUCCUGGAGGAGCUGGGGCAGACGGUGGGGCUGGUGUCGUCCAUCGAACACGCAAUUGCAGAAGACAGGUUGGAUGAGGACGGGGAGCUGUGGGAGCCCCUGGAGGAGGACCCCUCGGCGGAGCGGGAGUCGUCCGUGCCCUUCAAGCUCAUACCGUACGCGGGCAAGUACGUGCAGCUGUACGGCGACCGUAUGCCGGGGCUCAACGUGCAGAAGCUGCUGGGGGCCAUGGUGGACCGGGGCGCGGGGGUGGCGGUCAUGGAGAUCGGAGGGGAGGCCCUCCAGCUGGGCUCCUACGACUUCGUGGACCUCAACGUGGCGGUGGUGACCGGCCUCUCCCCGCCGCCCGCCCACCAGCAGACCCCCGAGGCCACCGAUGAUCGCUGGGCGCACACCGCCGAGGUGGCGGCAGCCACCCUGCAGGUGAAGCUGACGGACCCGGAGAGCCAGGCGCUGGUGCUCAAUGCGGACGACCCGGCCGCGGAGGAGCUGCUGGCGCGGCUGGGCGGGUCGGUGCCGGUGGUGACGUACGGCAUCACGAACAGCGGGGCGGCGGUGUGGGCGGAGAGCAUCAAGUCCAACAUUUGGGAGACGGAGGUGAUCAUCCGCACCCCCAGCGGGCGCCUGCAGAUCAUCACCAACCUGCUGGGCCGACACAACGUGGGCAACCUGCUGGCGGCGGUGGCGACCGGGGUGGCGCUCAAGGCGCCGCUGGAAUCCAUCGUGGCGGGCAUUGAGGCGGUGGAGAUACCCGGCAGGUCGGAGGUGAUCGACGAGGGUCAGGAGUUCAGUGUGGUGGUGGACGCGGCUCGCGACCCGGACACACUGGGGGCCAUGUUGGAUGCGCUGCGGUUGGGAGGGGCGCGACAGAUCUUCACGGUGUUCGGCUGCUCCGGCAACGAGGACCCCUCCAUCCGCCCCAAGAUGGGCGCCGUGGCGCACGCCAAGUCCGACUACGUCAUCAUUACCAACGAGAACCCGCGGCUGGAGGACCCCGCCAAGGUGGUGUCGGACAUCGUGGCGGGCUUCCCAGACGACAUCGUCAGCCGCUACUCCGCCUACGCCUACUUCCCCUUCCAGGACCAGGGCCGCACGCCGCUGUGGUUCGAGCCAUACCUGCAGAAGGCGCAGCGGGAUAACAAGCGCUACAUCAUGGAGGACCGCUACAGCGCCAUCCGCGCCGCCAUCGGCACUGCGGGUCCGGAGGACGUGGUGCUGCUGGCCGGCAAGGGGCACGAGGACUGGGUGGAGCACGCGGCGGAGGACGGCAGCAUCCUGACGGGCUGGCUGGACGACCGGGUGGAGGCGCGCAACGCGCUGAGCAAGCUCAAGUACCUGGAGGAGCUGCCCGACACGUUCAGCCGCGACACGCUGCCGUGGGGC